GCGCCCGCCAUGGACGCUCGACAAAUCAGAGCGCAGAAAGACGUUAUAACCUCACUUGUCAGAGAGAGAAGUUAUAAAAGAAUAACAUAGCCAAAAGAGAAACACGACGGAACGAGGAGAGAUUUAUUUUAAUUUUUGAUGACAUAUUAUGCGCCAAAUAUGAUGCAGACCAUGAGGAUAAUGAAUGUCAACAAUCUGACAAUAGGCGUUACAGGAUUCUGCGAGACCUUUGUCCCAAAUUCUGUCUAUACACAAUGCGUACGUUGGAAAAGAAAGCCACUUUGGAUGCCUACAGCAAAAUCCAAAGUAUUUCGAGUACCAAAGAAGCCUGUCAUACCUGUAGAAGAGCAUCUGGAGGCUCAGCGUUUAUAUAAUAAUUACAGAACAUAUAUAACAUCGCUUAGAGCAUAUUUGGUACAAGUUGCAAAGGAGAAUGAGGUGCAAUAUGACCACACGGUUAUCGAGCAAGCUGAAAAGGAGGAUUUCCAGGCAUGCAGUGUGAUAAAUGACGAAUGGAAUGCAGAGGUGGCAAAAAUACGAGAAGAUAGAUUGGCGAACAUGAGAGAGAAACGCAAGGAGUCUAUUCUGCAGAAAUUGCUACAGCAAGAGAAGCAGGAGGAGGAACGGAGGAAUUAUAUCGACGAACACAUUAGAAAGGUUAAGGAGGAAUCUCUCACAUUCAUCACCGCAGAGAACGUGGAUGCGGCGAUCGAAGAGUGCCUGACGAAUAUCAUCGAUUAUAAUCGCGCGUUAGAUUUGAAGGGAAACUGGUAUGAUGGGGAGUAUCCUCCAAAGAGUGUUCCACCUCUUGAAGAAACGCAGAAACCGGCAGUCGUCGAGAAUUGAGUAUAGAUUUAGAAAAGAAGACAACACCUUGGUAGGCUUAUACUUGUUUUCCCAAACAUCUUAAACUUUUGCUAAAAUAUAAUUAAUUAUGAUAAUCAUAAUACAAAUAUAAUUAAUUAUGAUAAUCAUAAUAAAAACGAGCUAUUGUUAUUGUAACAAGUAUUGAAAUAAAUAUAUCCCGCGCUCUUGUUCCUUA